GCAAAGACUUGGCAGACGUUCGCGUGUGCGGCUGGUCAGGUCAGCUUGUUAUAACUUUAAUACAUUAAUUGACGAGUUUACAAAUUAGUUCUUCCCAUAUUCAAUGAUAUUGGUGCUUGGUUGCAAGUUCAACUUGCAGCUUUCUAAGUUUUCCCAGGGCCUUCAUAAGCUUUACAGUAGUAUCAAGCCAGAUUGUACUUCUAGAAGCUGCUCAGGCUGCCUUGAAGAAGGUUCACAGCUAGCCCUGCAACCCAGCAAGUUGUAAAUCCUGUAAGUUCAUCCUCUUCCUCUCCACAUGUACAUAUCCCACCACCACUUGUCAGCUCCAAUUGCUCCCUUCCAACAGUGCUGCUUGUCGGCUGCUAAGUAGUCACGCCCAGAAAGUAACAGGUGGCAUCGUGGAACUCCUCGGAAAACAGUCUUCUGCCUUCUCAGAGGUCCAGGAUGAAUGUCAAUGCAGAGAGUGUUGAAGACAGGCUGCGCUCUAGUUUAGAAGCAGAACAGCUGACCGUGAUUGACACCUCUGGCGGAUGCGGUGCAUCAUUCGAUGUGGCAAUUGUAUCCAAGCAAUUUGACGGAAAAACACGGAUCCAGCGGCAUAGGUUAGUUAAUGCAGCCCUUGCAGAAGAAUUGAAGAGCAUACAUGCACUAAGUAUCAAGAAGGCACUAACCCCGCAAGAGUGGUCGGACCAACAAAAGUAAGGUCUGUUCACACAUCAAGGCCUGCAGAAGUCACUCAUUGCAGUUGUAGGACCAAUGUGAAGCUGGCGUGUGAGUGGAAUCAUUACAACACUAGAGUCGGUCAUCCGCCUACCAAAGGGAUGAGGGAAUACUUCCGUAGCUUUGUAGUGGUCUACUGAAAUAGGUGGUCAAUCACAUAUCAUGCAACAUGAGAUGUACAGGCUGCGUUUAAACAUCCAACGACACAAAGCCGCCACAUUGCUUUGAGCCCUGGACUCAUGAAAGAGGUGAUCGACCAACUUGGCUAUUCAGCCUGGCAUGUGCAUACAUUAGGUACAAUAUGUAGGUCGCCAAUAAUCCCAUCCGAUCACAACGACGUUAAGUAACUAAUUGGAGC